AUGGCGAUCGCAAACCCACUUCUCAACUUCGUCGUUCGCGGCUUCCAAGCUCUUUUCGGCAUCGUUGUACUCGGAAUAUCAGUCUCUUUGAUACGCGGUCAUCACAUCGGUAGUCUCCCGGCCAGUCUAGGCUUCUCAGCUGUUGUGGGCGGUGUCACAAUCUUGGGAGCGGCUCUUGGUGUCGCAGCUCUGUUCUUGAGCUUUCUUGAUGGCAUGGUAGGCUUGAUCAUCGAUGCCGUGGUUGCUCUCAUCAACGCGGCGGGUGGAAUCGUACUCGCUAUCAAGAUCUCCGGCGUGGACUGCAAUGGUGACAUAGAUUACCGUAGUGCGGCCAAGAUCAUAAACAACGACAUCUUCAACGGCGGCUGCACUAAAGAUGGGUGCUGGUAUUGGUUCACCGACCCUAACGCCAUGACAUCAAGAUGCAGGUCUACCCAAGCCGACUGCGUCUUCAUGUUUCUUACCGUCCUCGUCCUCGCGGUGUCUGCCAUGCUGGCUUUCUUGCGGAUGAAAAAGGGCUACUAA